AUGGGACGACCGAACAACACAGUCCAGGACUCUGUCCAGGACAAGUCACUGAAAGAGCGAAAUAGCUUCUGGGACCACCACGCGAAACAGCUGACAUGGUCCAAGCCAUACUCCAAAGUCCUCUCGCAACAGACCAAGACCCUUCCGGACGGCACAAAGCAUCCACACUGGUCGUGGUUCCCUGACGGCGAAAUUUCCACAACCUACAAUUGCUUGCAUCGACAUGUCGAGGCCGGUCGAGGGGAUAAUGUAGCGAUGAUCUGGGAUAGUCCGGUGAGCAAUAGCAAGGAGACAUACACAUACGCACAGAUGAAGGAGGAGGUCGAAACUCUUGCAGGCGUGCUGAGGGAAGAAGGCGUGAAGAAAGGAGAUGUGGUACUCAUUUACAUGCCCAUGAUUCCAAGCGCGAUCUUUGCGAUGCUAGCAACACUACAUUUGGGCGCUAUGCAUGCUGUCGUGUUUGGUGGAUUUGCAGCUGCAUCGUUAGCACAGAGGAUUGACGCCGCGAAGCCGAGAGUAGUCAUGACUGCUAGCUGCGGUAUUGAAGGUGCAAAGGGUCCUCUAGAUUACAGACCAUUUGUGGAAGGCGCGGUUGAAAAGAGUAAAUUCAAGCCGGAGAAGGUGAUUAUCUGGCAGAGGGACAUGAAGAGAUGGGAUCCGGUUGAGAAAGACAAAGGACAGAGAAAUUGGCAAAGAUUGGUCAAGAGUGCGAAGAACAGAGGGCUCAAAGUGUCUGAGCCAGUACCGGUAAAGAGCACGGAUGGUGUGUAUGUGAUCUAUACCAGUGGCACGACAGGCUUACCGAAAGGUGUUUUGAGGGAGGCUGGUGGACAUGCUGUACACCUGAAUCUAAGCAUAAAAUACUUGUUCGACAUCAAAGGCCCAGGCGAUGUGAUCUUCACAGGCAGCGAUAUUGGAUGGGUCGUCGGACAUAGCUACAUUGUAUAUGCGCCAUUGUUAGCAGGAGCCACGACUAUACUUUUCGAAGGCAAACCAAUAGGAACACCAGAUGCUGGCAAGUUCUGGCGCAUGGUAGAAGAGCACAAAAUCACUACAUUGUUCACAGCACCAACGGCCUUGCGAGCGAUUAGAAAGGAGGACCAAGGAGACAAGUUCUUCAAAGAGGUUGGAGAACGAGGUGGACUCAAGAGUCUAAGAGCAUUGUUCUUGGCUGGCGAGCGAAGUGAGCCCAGUAUCAUCACACACUACCAAGAGCUUAUCAGCAAGUAUGCAAAGAGUGGUUCGCAGGUGAUAGAUCAUUGGUGGUCAAGCGAGUCAGGUUCGCCUAUGACAGGUAUUGCGUUGAGACCAGCAAUUGGACAUGAGCACGAGUCGCAGGAGGAGCACCAAGCUCUUGUAAUCAAGCCUGGCAGUGCCGGAAAACCUAUGCCUGGCUUUGAUGUAAGAAUAGUAAACGACGACGGAGAGGAAGUGAAGAAGGGCGACAUGGGUAAUAUUGUGCUUUCGCUGCCGUACGGACCAAGCGGCUUUACAACGUUAUUCAAUGAUGAGGCCCGGUUCUACAAGGGCUAUUUGAAGCGCUUCGACGGAAAGUGGAUGGACACUGGAGAUGCUGGCAUGAUCGACGACGACGGCUACGUCCACGUAAUGAGCAGAAGUGACGACAUCAUCAACGUUGCUGCCCAUAGAUUUAGUACUGGUGCCAUCGAGCAAGCUAUUCUGUCAGCCAAGGGCGUGGCCGCUGCAUGCGUGAUAGGUAUCCCAGAUCCGAUGAAAGGACACCUUCCUUUCGCGUUCGUAGAGCCAGCUGGUGCAACUUCGGAUGAUUUCCCGGCAACACCACCAAAAGAGCUAUUCAACCAAGUCAAUGCAGAAGUUCGGGCCCAGAUCGGAGCCAUCGCUAGCCUAGGUGGUAUGAUCCAGGGUAGGGGGAUGAUUCCAAAGACCAGAUCUGGUAAGACCUUGAGGAGAGUGUUGAGGGAGCUGAUUGAGCAGGCUGUUGAGGGUGACUUCGACAAGGCGGUCAACAUUCCUCCUACCGUCGAAGACAAAGCUGUCGUUGAUGUCGCUCGAGAACGCGUCAGGCAAUUCUUCAAAGAGAAAGGACUCAAGGAAGGUGGGGACAUUAAGGCUAAGCUGUAA